CCGUUUGGAUUACAGCACUUCAAGUAAUAAGCUAUUUUUUUUUCAUAUUAUGAAUUGGUGCGUCAAACACAUCAGGCAAACGAGACCCACAGAACCAGUGAAAGGCCUAUUAACGCUCUUUGUUAUCUUGUGGCGACUCCCAUUUGCUUCAAGUGUGUCAAUCACAGCACCAGGAGAUGUCGUGGCCGGUCGUCCAUUUACCCUGCAGUGUAAGAUAACCAGAUCGGCAGGUGACAUGAAUGGGACGGCCUGGUAUCUGAACAGAUCCCGUAUAUACGCCACCCGUGUGUGUACAUCAUCAAUACAGCUAUCAUCACAAUCACCAGCCGGGUUGCCACGCGGAUGCCAACUCGUCAACGGUGAAGAGGUUUACACAAUCACGAUACAGAACGUGACUGUAGACACGGGCCGGGGCAGAUGGUUAUGUUCCUAUGCGGACAUGAGUGCCAGUGUUAGUCUGGAUGUUCAAGUCGGACCUGGCAGCAUACAGCUCAGGGUAGACUCCGGACAAUCGGAAAACACAGUUACCGUCAACGAAAACAGCACAGUGACAUUUACAUGUAAUGCUAGCGAGUCCAGUCCUGUUUCCACCCUCUCCUGGUACAACAACAGCGGUCCUAUAGCAGCAGCAGAGAUAUCAGAAGUGAGCUCACAGCGAAGUCCCAACCACGGAUACCUGACCACACAGCGAUAUACAGUGAGGGUUGAUCGAUAUCAGGAUGGUGAUGUCAUCAGAUGUGAGGCUCAGAGACCUGGUAAAGGAAACAGUAAACGUGUAUCUCCCAGUUUAAUCCUGGAUGUGCUGUGUAAGUAUGUUAUUGUUUAUUGUUUUCGCAGAUUUAUUUUGACGUGUUGCAAAAUAUGAAAGCAAGACGAGAAUACACAUUUCCCUCUAGGCGUCGUUUAAGUUACAAAUGAUAUCUGUUGUGGAUGUAACGUUGAGUGAGAUGAGUGUGAUGGAUGUUAUCGUUGAAAAGGUAGUUUAGAAAUAAUAUAAUGUGCAUGUGGAACGGAUAUUGUUUAUGCCUUUUCUACUUUUUUUUUAAACAGAUGCCCCAGAAAUAACAUGUAACACAACUCACGUGACACUGUUCGAAGGUCAGAGACUAAAAAUCUCAUGUGACGUAACAUCCAACGAUGAUGUCGUCAUCCAUUGGUAUCAAAGUGGCCGUCGAAUUGAUAACGCAGUGACGACAAACUCUCAAGGUCCAGCUCGGCGUGACGUUACCAUGUCGACAGUGGAGUUUGAGUCAGCCGAUGCGAAGAUUUCCGGCGUGUAUCAGAUCGAAGCUACGAACAGUAUUGGAUCAUCAACUAGGGAAAUAACAAUAAGUGUGAUUAGUAUAGUAUUUUAUUUGAAAAUUUUGAAUAUGUGGCAAAAAUAAAUGUAUUUAUUCAGGGAGUAUUUUAUUCUAUGUGAUAAACAUGUCUUACAAUUUCAGUCAGAUGUCAGCGAUCUGAAAUGAAAAACCAUUAUCUUUUUUAUUUAUUAGACUUUUUUAUUAUUAGAGGGUCAGUUUAUACCACAGGAGAUAGAGAUGAUAUCAUGUGAUGACAACCAGGCCACUCUGAUCUGGGCGUCUGGGAUUGAUGACUCUCUGGUGGAAUACUACAACUUGGAGUAUAAAAGAACACAGGGUGAAUGGAAAGGAGAACUCGUCAGAAAUCUAGGAAGAGUAAAACUUGUCCGGAAAACCGUGUCUGGUUUACAAUCUGGAGUGUUGUACCAUUUUAGACUUCAGCCUGUCUCAAACAUCACCUUUUCACAAUAUGCUACAGCCAACUGCACCGUUCAAGCUUCACAGGCGAUCCGUGGACAGAAGGACGUUCAUGAAGCCGGCGUCAGUAAAGGUGGUAUGCUUGCCAUAGGUGUUGUUAUUGGUAUUGCAGUCGUCACCAUUAUUGUUGUUUCCGUCACUUGCCGGCAGCUGCGAAAAACGCCAUCAACAGGAAACAAAGAAGACACCUCAGACAAACAGGGUACAGGACAAGUCUUGAGGGUCAUAGAAGACAGCGGUAUAGAAGACAGAGUUGUGGAAUAUAGGGGUAUAGAAGACACAGUUGUGGAAGAUACGACUGACCUUGAACAUGUUUCACAUGGUCACUAUGAGGAUCUGGACACCACACCCAACCCAGGACCACAUUACGAGGAGCUCUCAGGAACAACGGCGUCAUCCACACCUGGUGAGAACAGAGUCUACGAGAAUGCAACCGUGUUAUGAACAUAAAAUGUACUUCUUGGUGGCAGCUCAUGUAAUAGAAACAAUUCCUGACCCGUAUUUAAUGGCAUAACCCGUUACAGUUUGAGAGGCCCAAUGAGGGAAGUGUUGUGAUGUUAUAAGAAAUGUUGGAUAGCGAUUACAUUACACUCGUACAUUAAUAAUUAACACCUUAUUAAUCCUUGUCAGGAUUUAAUUCAAAUGGUCCAUUAUGGCUUAAUCCCAGAUUGGCAAUACUUCAGCCAUAUUGUGGCUAUAUUCGAACUUGGAUGUACACAUAAAGUCAAAGCAUGAGUGUGUAUGGAAACUACCAUUGUCAAACUUCUAUGAAGGUUAUGUGACCGAACAGGCUGCGGAAUGAAGAAACGCCGAAUAAAGGACGAAUAAAGUCUACUAAAGCCAGUUGAUGAGAGACAUUAACAUACAGCGGUAAUGUAAACUUUGCCAACGAGAGGGGGAACGAACUUGAAAUCUCAUGCAGUUGGGGCAUUUUAUAAAUAUGUUCAUUUUUAAACAUGUGAAUGUUUUUUGUUUUAUUUUUAUUCUAUGUCACGCUUUAAUCAAUUUCUUGAUUACGCGUCAUGUAUGCAAGGAAAUCUUAUCAUCGUAUGCUUGAAACUGACGAUGAAAGCUAUACUAAAAGCCCAGAACAAUGCACGGAUGAGUAGGGACAUUAGUAAAGGUAAUGGCCGACAGCUAGAACUGGUCAUUGGCCACAU